AUGAACCCCGACAUUGUGUACUUACGGUACCACGACGGCGCCGACGCCGCGGCGACAGCGCUCGCCGGGCGCCACCAUCCCCAGCCGCUGAUGGCAGCAUUGGUGAGCUACUUAUUCAGCCACGGCCGCUACGAAAGCGACGUCGACCACGCCACCGUCGUCGUCCUCGACGAGUGCCCCGCGUCGGUCUCGGCGCCGUUAGAUCGGUUAUCACUUGACGACAAGACCCUCGCCGUGCGCUACUUCUUCGGCCACCUCAACGUGUUCGUCGUCAGCUUGGCGCUGCUUGCCGACGCCGCCCAGCGCAGCGAACUCGAGCAGGCGGUGGCCGACGUCGCCAACGUGGUCGUCAACCGCAUUGCCCGGGUGGAGGCGUGGACCGAAACCGGACCCACCAUCAUCAACGACAACUACGGAACCUACAAGUUGGAGCGCCACGGGCGCCGCGCCUACGCCGACGUGGUGGCGCCGUUAUCAUACAUCCUCAGCGCCAACGCCGCCAGUCUGUCGUCGACAAUGCUGCGGGUGCGUGCCAUCAAACAGCUUAUCGUCGACGCCAUCGACUUUCGCCAGCUAUUGUCGGGUUUUGAUGACGACCCCCUCCACGCCGCUCGCCUCUGCCAUGCGGUGGGCGUAUGGGGUUUCCCCGCCCACGAGCUCACCAACGACGACUUGGUCUACUGUGUGUUCCUCAUGCUAAAACACGCGCUUAGCCAAGUGCCCGACACCCACACGUUUGACCGGUUAUCGGAUAACGAGUUGCUUGCCCUCGUGUUUGCCGUGCGCGACACUUAUAAGCUGGGCAACCCCUUCCACAACUUCCGCCACGCCGUCGACGUGGUGCAAGCAUGCUUCCACUUUUUACUUCGCCUUGGCUGCUUACCGCGGUUCUCUCAGUUUAAUGACGACGCCACUGCUGACGAGACCGCGAUCCUUCAGGCCACGGACUUCGCCGACACCGCCGCUGAGUUGACGGUGAAGGCCACCGCCGCCGCCGCCUCCGACGCCUACCUUAAUCCCAUACAAACGUUGGCGCUUCUCGUGGCGGCGCUCGGCCACGAUGUCGGCCACCCCGGGGUGACUAAUGCAUUCAUGAUCAAGUACCACACCCCGGCGCUGUUGAUGGUGAACGAGCGCCUGGUGCUUGAGCUGUACCACACGCUGGUGUUCAUUAAUAAGAUACUCUCGUGCUACUGGCCGUCGCUCCUUGCCGCCGAGACCACGGAUAAGUUGACGGUGCGCCAGAUGGUGACGCAGCUGAUCCUCGCCACCGACAUGGCCGAGCACUUUGAGUACAUUGCCAAACUCAACACCCUCAAGCACGAGCGGUUUGACCACGACGGGCACAAGGUCAAGCUCAUCCUGCUGCUACUCAUAAAGUGCGCCGACAUCCUGAACGUCACCCGCCCGCUCCGAGUGUCGCUGCAGUGGGCGUACGUCCUUGCGCGGGAGACGGAGGAGCUUGCGUUGUUAGAGCGCAAGCUCGCCAACGACGCGUCGUUGACGCUCGACUUGCUGACGGACUUGCGCUACACGAAGGUGCCGUCGAAGUUUGAAGACAUUCUUGCCGCCAACGAUCAGCUUCCAAAGGGGCAGAUUUUCUUCAUCGACACCUUUGCUGAGAACUUGUUCCACAACAUUGCUGAGUACAUGCCCGAGCUCCAGUACGCGGAACGCAUCAUCAGCAAAAACAAGCAGUUUUGGUUGAGCCGGUGA